AUGGUGCGGUGGCACGUGCCGGGUCUGUCGACCAGCAGCGCCUCGAGCAUAGAUGGCGUCGCGGUGAAGGGCGACACGGCGAAGCUGCAGAAGCUUCUCAGGAAGGGCGCGGACGUGAAUGCGCGUGCGCGUGAGCCGGUGCUAGUGGGACGGCGCCCGCUGCAUGCUGCCGUGGCGGCGGGGAACGAGGCCAUGGUUGAGGCGCUUCUUGCUGCCGGUGCUGACGUGGACGGAAAAGACGAUUUCGGCCGCACGCCCCUUCACUACCUGGCGGCCAGCCCCUCCCCGCGUCUGGGCAUCCUUUCGCAUCUGCUCAAUGCUGGCACCGACUACGCCAUCAGAGACAGGAGUGGCAGCAUGCCUAUCCACGUGGCGAUGGCAGCAGGCCAUGGGGCGGUGCAGGAGGCGCUGACGGCGUUCGCGUUGGAGCACAGUGCGGAGUUUGCCUUCUACGAGUCGGGGCAGUGGCGCUCCUUUGACGGCGAUGCCUCGCGCCUGCUGGGCUUUGAACUCGCGGAGGGCGUUGGCUUCGCUGCCCUCGCCACUGCCACUGGCGCGCACUACAUCGUUGACUUCCAGCAGCAGCUGCAGUUCAACGUCUCGUCCUUCUUCUGCAAGUCCAUCAGCUGGCGAGUGCUGCCCAGCGGUCGCUGGAACCGCCCUCCCAGCCCGCACCAGGGGCUGCACCCAGGCAGCCAGGACCCGCGCCUCAUGUACCGCUACGACCAACAGCUGCGCUCCCUCGCCCAAUCCGGUGUCGACAUCUGCCCCGUCUACUUCUCCCUCACUGGCCUUCCCCCACACCCCCUGCUCUCACAAGCGGCGCCCAGCGCUCAGUUCGUCUCACGCCUCUCCUCGUCGCCGCGCCGUGACGGAGAGCAUGGUGAUGAUGGCGAUGGCCAUGGUGAUCUAGAUGAUGGUGCUGAUGGUGAUGCGCAGAGGCCGUCUUCUUCCUCUGCUGGAGUGGCUGCAGCUGCUGCUGCCCUCCCCGCUGCUCUACACAUGUCUGAUGACCUCUCCAGUGAUGUCCCCGACUCCGAACCAAGCACUCCUUUGGCUCGGCGCCAACCAGGGCAACGUGCACCUGUUUCAGAUGACGACGAGCUGCCGAAGCUGCAGGUUCUGAGGUCCGGCACAGAUGAGUACGACGAGAUUGUGGCUCGGUUUGUGGCUGGUAUGCUACGGGACAGAAAUGACCGCCCGAACAGCAGCUUCCGGCAGAACAGUGUGAGUGGAGGGGUGGUGGAGCAGGAGGAUGGCAUGCGGCCCGUGACAGUGUCCUCAGUGCAGCAGGUGCUGCUACCUGCUGCCCGCACACAAGCCUUUGAAGAAGCUGUGAGAGAGCUUAAAGGAGCAAGGGGGGGCGAUGGCAAUGUGCGGCUGGCAUGGCACGGCGCCCCUCGGAUGGCCAUAGAUCGCAUAGUGUCGAGCGGCUUUUCUCUCUCUUCUUCCGCUGCCGCCCGCAACGGCAGGCUGUAUGGGGACGGAGUGUACCUGGCACCGGAACAGAGGGCCUACACGAGUGCAGAGUUUGCGGUGGCGGAUAGCGAGGGGCGCAAGCACAUGCUGCUGUGCCGUGUGGCGCUUGGGUCGAUGGAGGCGAUCCCGUUUGGAUCGUCCCAGCAGCGGCCUAGCAGUCUUCGGUUUGACACGGGAGCUGACAAUGUCAAUGACCCUUCUCGCUAUGUGGUGUGGGAAGAGGAUGUGAAUGAUCUCGUGCUCCCCACACAUGUGGUUUCCUUUCGCUAUUGUUGA